CACCACUGAUCUCUCCUUGCAAACCCUAUUAUACACCGCCCUCCACUCCAACCCCCCCGACAGUGUCACAUCAUGGCUACCAAACCCGCCCGCGCAUAGUAGAAGGCCCCUAUACAUCUGAAUGAGGCUUCAACACCAAGGCCACUCUCGCUCUGUCCGGAGACCUGUGACAACAUGACCCGUCGGAUUGUUAGGACGGGCAUCCAGCUCGGCGUUCUAACUUUCAUCGUUUUCCUUUUGGUAUUCUUCCUUGACAACCGCUAUCGGGUCCUCCCGCAGUCUAUCCACAACCACCUUCCCUCCCACCAUGAAGGCCUUAUCAUCACUGACAUCACCGUCAACACUUGCUCUUCCCUGAACCCUCUCUCUACCUGCAAGCUCGACCAGGAUAAGUGGCAUCGUAUCGAGAAGGAUCUCUAUCUCAACACGGGCUGGGUGUCCAAGGCAUACGUGCACAUCAAGCGCAAGCGGGAGGAGGACCUGACGGAUGAGGAUAGGGUUAUUAUCGAUGUUCGGAUCGGGAAAAUGGACCCUGCCAUGAACGAGAAAUCGCAGGCUGCCGAGAAGUGGGAAUCUCGACCCGCUGGAAUUUGGCUGAAGAGGUCUGCGAAACGUCACGCGACCGAUUCUAAAAAGGCCGUCACGGCAGUCGAUGUCCUGUUCGGGUCCGAUGCCGUUGACCCGCGUCCUGGCUGGGAGUUGAUCCAACCCACCGCUUUACUUUUGGACACAGGCUCGGGUUCAAAAGAUGCCCGGUUGAGCAUUCGAAGAGGACCUGUCCACAAACUUGAACCGCCAGUACCUAGAAUCGGGAAAGAUGGCAAAUUCAAGAUCAUGCAAGUCUCGGACUUACACCUCAGUACCGGAUUAGGGGUGUGCAGGGAUCCAGAGCCCAAGGGUGCUAAUGGGGGUCGGUGUGAUGCGGACCCGAGGACUCUUGAAUUUGUCGAAAGGGUUCUUGACGAAGAAAACCCAGACAUGGUAGUACUCUCUGGAGAUCAAGUCAACGGCGAAACUGCCCCAGAUGCCCAAAGCGCCAUCUUCAAGAUCGUUCAGAUCCUAGCCGAGCGCGGCAAACCUUGGGCUGCCAUUUUUGGCAAUCAUGAUGACGAAGGGUCCCUUUCCCGCCUUAACCAGAUGUCUCUCUACAAUUCCCUCCCAUUCUCCCUAUCUGAGGCCGGUCCAAACACGAUCGAAGGCGUCGGCAACUACUUUGUUGAGGUGAGAGCUCAUGGUAGCAAGCACUCGGCUCUUACCCUAUACUUCCUCGAUACCCACAGCUAUUCUCCGGACGAAAAGCGCUACGAAGGCUAUGAUUGGAUCAAAUUGAAGCAAAUCAACUGGUUCAAGACCACCGCACAAAGUCUAAAGGAAUCGCAUUCACACUACUCACACAUUCACCUCGAUAUGGCAUUCAUUCAUAUUCCGCUGCCAGAGUACGGUAGCACAACCAACAAGUUUGUCGGAUCCAUGAAAGAACAGAUCUCUGCACCAGGAUUCAAUUCUCACUUUAAAGAUGCUUUGGUUGAGGAGGGCAUCAAAGUUGUUUCUUGUGGUCACGAUCACGCCAACGACUAUUGCAUGCUAUCCGAAAACGAGAGUACGAAAGAAGGAGAGCUGUGGAUGUGCUAUGCCGGCGGCAGCGGCUUUGGAGGGUAUGGGGGUUACGAUGGAUACAUCCGCCGUCUUCGUGUCUUCGAGAUCGACGCAAAUCAGGGCCGGAUAUCGACAUGGAAGAGAUUAGAGUAUGGCGAUAUCGCAAAAAGGCUUGAUGAACAGGUUAUCGUGGAUUCUGGGAGAGUUAUUCCUCCGCAGAGCAACUAGGGAUCAGGGUCUAAAAGGUUUCCAAAGGUAAAGGCUGCUUGAAACUGGAGUUUGCGGAUAUAUACCAUAAGCGAGGCGUUCUUGGUAUCUUCAGGAGGCAGGCAACGGGUUGCGCAUUGGAUCAACGGGUCUCGGGACAAACUCAGCUAAAUAUGGGCGUCUAGUUCUCCCGGGUAGGUUUUUACCUAGCUUUCGGGAACAAUUCCACUUACCUUCGUAUUGGCUUAAGAAAAAGGAAGGGCACGGAAGGCCUAAGCUGCCUGAUUCCAAGAUGGGUGGUCGUUAAAGCAAGCUUUUCCUUCCUGUUUAUCCCAGAUAAUAGCCUGCAUCAGCGCCAUACUAAAAAGGAUAUCCGUUCCCCCAUCCGUCUCGUGUCCGCUCCUAGCCAAGAUGCGGUUGGACCACGGUCGACGUCAGCCCUAAUGUCUCCUAGUCGAAACAAUCCACGAAUGUCG